AUGGCAUCCAAAUCGCUGAGCAGCCCCGCGAAAACCUUUGCCGAGAUCACGGCUCAGGAGAAGUCGCUCGCUCUACCACACUUCACCGCUGAGGAUGCCUUUGAGAUUGGCGUCUUGAUCAGGAACCGGCUGAGGGAGGUUAGCGAGGAUCCUGCAGUUGUAAACAUUACGCUUGCCAACAACAAGCAACUGCUCUUUCACGCCACGUCGCGACCUGGAACGGUGCCGGAGAACGACAACUGGGUGGCUCGUAAGAGGAACUUUGUGCUGAGGUUUGGAUGGAGCAGCUGGGCAGGUCAUAAUCUCUUCGACAUGGGUGAUGAGGAAAAGUUCAAGGCUCGAUUCCAACUUGGCGAGACAGCUGGUGAUUACGCCAUUCAUGGCGGUGGAUUUCCUGUUCGCGUUCAGAACGUCGAAGGUCCAGUUGGCGCUAUUGUUGUGAGCGGACUUACCCAGGAGGAGGAUCAUCAGGUCAUUGUUGAGUCUUUGCAAGCCUUUUUGAGUUCUAUAUAA